GUUGGUUCUGUUCAACUUCUUUAUCAGCAGGAAUGUCUUCAGGUAAACAAGGAUCCUCGUCCAGUGUUUUCAUUACCGACAGUAUUGUUGGGUCGUUUAAGCCAUCGAAACUAUUCAAUUACCAUCAAGAAGCCAGUGUAACUUCGCUUGAUUUCAAUGUGUCUGGGCAAUACUUAAUUUCAGCAGGGAUUGAUAAAUCUAUUCAAUUGUACGAUGUUCAUAGAGGAAUCCAUCAUAAGGAUAUUCAGUCGCAGAAGUAUGGUGCUCAUUUGGCUCGAUUUGCUCACGAUGACCUUAAUUGUCUUUAUGCUUCCACUCCCAGUGCCAGUCUUGAAGUUGACCAUUCAAUAAGGUACCUUGCCUUGGCUAGUAAUACCUAUCUACGUUAUUUCAAAGGCCACAAAGAGCAGGUUGUGGCCAUUGAAAUGAAUCCAGUGUCCGAAACAUUCAUAUCGUCAAGUCUAGAUCGAACAGUUAAAGUUUGGGAUUUAAAGUCUGCAUCUCCAAUUGGGAAUUUCGAUAUUGGACUGCCCUCAGUCGUUGCGUUUGAUCCUCAAGGAAUAGUAUUUGCCGUGGGGAAGUGUCCCCAGCCUCAACUGAAAUCCGCUUCGGGUUCAGUAUCCAUGUAUGAUAUGACCAAUUUCGACAAGGGUCCCUUUUUGACUGUUGAAGUCCCCAUAAUUUCCGGCCAAUCUUGGAAUAAGUUGGAAUUCUCCAAUAAUGGUAAGCUUCUUCUAAUAUCAACAGACACUCAUGAACAUUACCUCCUAGAUGCAUUCCUGGGCCAAUUACUUACAACCCUAAUCGUUGAUGUUACUCGCUCUAGUAAAGAGUAUAAUGGUGAUUGGAUGUCCUUCCAAUAUCCUUCUACUGGAUCUACGUGUUUUACCCCUUGUGGUAAGUUUGUUCUUGCAGGGUCGCCUAAGGGUAAGGUUUGCACAUUUGAUGUUUCUAGUAUAAAAACUACCGAAGGUGGUGUUCAUGUAGUUUUGGACUCCGACAAUCCCAAAAGAACAGUUCCUUUUAAAAUGUUGGAUACCGAUUCGAGUGGAAUUCCAAAGAUCUUGUCAUUUAAUCCAAAACUAAUGACCUUUGCUUCGGCCGAUAACAAAGUAGCUUUAUGGCAAGCCGAUAAUUUGUAAGAAGAUCGUGUAAAAUAUGCAUCUGUAUCAUAGAUAGAUAAAUGGAUAAAUUAAC